CCUGAAUAUAUGUUAUACGGAAAAAACCGAGAGGUUUCGAUUAAUGUUGGGUGCGACUUAUUCUCAAAACUUUCGUACCCAUUACAGAUAAAAUGGGGGAUGUUCAUAUGGUUGUUGUUGGGGACAAUAAUGUUGGAAAAACAUCAUUAUGUAUAACAUUUUCUACUGGCCAGUUUCCAAGCUUGUUCACUCCUAUGGAAUGCAAUCGUGUACCACAUGAGAAAGAUAUAACACUUGGUUCAGAAACUAUUCAUGUAAAAUGUACAGAUACAGAGGGUAAUGAAGACAUGGAUGCCACUAGACCGGAAUCGUAUACUGGUGCUGACGUAUUUUUAUUGUGCUUCUCCGUGAAAGGACCUACAUCAUUCCAGAAUAUAAAAACAAAAUGGAUUCCAGAACUAAAACAACAUGCUCCAAACGUUCCAAUAUUACUUGUAGGCUGCAAAGAAGAUACAAGGAAAGGAAAUGAUCCUAACAAGGAAAUUAUAAAGAAAGGUCAGGGGAAGAAAAUGAAGAGCAAAAUUGGAGCCGCAGGUUAUGUUGAAUGCAGUGCCUUGAAGAAAUAUGGUGUUGAAGAAUGCUUUUUAGAAGCAGUUAAAGUGGCUACAGGCAAGUCAAGUUCUAAAGAUGGCUGCAGUUGUACAAUACUUUGAGUAUAUACACUUGGACAUCUGUCAAGAGGAAUUCGGAUCAUUGAGAUCCACAAGACCAUUAGCCAGCCUUAAUGUACAUAAAUGCUGUAAAUUUUUUAACAUUCUGAAAAUGUAAUCAAAAACUUUAUUGAAACUUUAUCACAUGAUUCUAUGGGGUGGAUACAGUAUCUAACGUAGCUGUGUAAUAGGGUUGUUAAAGGAGUGUCUUGAUCUGGAACUUGUGUUUGACUGGAUUGGAUUUUACUAGGAUAUGAUCUGACAAGGUGAAAUUGCUCCGAGCUUGAUCUGUUCUAGUAAAGUCCAUGAGUAAUAAAUCAAGAUAAAUGUUCUCCUAAUAAUAACUCUUUUAUUAAAUACUUGUCAAAUUUAGACUAAAUAUUCAACCAUAAUAAUUUUAUAAUUAGUUUAAGGCUAGCAACAUCAUUCCAGAUCAUACUUGAAUGUGAUAUAAUUUUUUUAAAAAUGUUGAGUUGUAAAAAAUUUUUGCAUGUAAUACAUGCAUUAAAUGCAAAAAUAUUUGGACAGGUAUAUAAUUGUAAAGUUAUCUACAUUCAACCCCUAUCAGAAUCUCAUAUCAAUCAUAAAGGCGGAAGUACAGUCAAUAUUAGAAAUGGUGCAAACCAUAUUUACUUGCCAAUUAUAUUAUUUUUAGCUCGGCAAUAUUCAAAAUGGAAUCUUCACUCAUUACUCUGCCUUUACCCAUCAAAUUUGCCUAUUCUUUCCACUAUAAAUUUUUAUCGCCUGUUGUGAUACAAAGAAAAAACAAAAAUUGUCAACAUAAAUUAUGGUCUUACUAUUUCUUUACUGCUGUUAAUCAUGACAAGUGUUAGUAUAUUUUUUUAGCACAUGAAUUUUUUUUUCAUGUCUAGUAAUAUAACCAUGAUAUAAAAAAUAGGUUUCUGGGAAAUUCAGAAAGUACACAGAAAUAAACUUGCAAAAAGUGAACAAUAUUUAUAUUCUGCAUUUCACAGAGACCUAUUUUCUUAUAUAUUAGAUCCACACAAGGAAUCAAACUUCUUUUUUUUGUAAUACAAAUGUAUAACCAUAUAUAUUCUAUAUCCCUUUGUCAUUUAUACAUUCAGAAAUGAGACAUUGUAUUCAGAACUAAUACUUGAGUACAUUGUAUUUCAUGCAUUUUCCUCUUAUUUACGUUCAUUUGUGUGUCUUUCUGUCUGAUUGUUCAUCCCUCUGUCUGUCUAUUCAGUGUUUAUUACAAGGAAAUUUUAGAGGAUAUGAAUUAUAGAAUAAAGCUUCAUUCAACUGCUUACCACUGCUAGAAAAAGACUAACUCUCGAAUUAAGAAUAAUUUGGGUUUUUCCCAGUUAAUCCGUAGCUACAAACAAACUUUUACAGUUACAGAUUCAAAAAUAAGUGCAGCAUGUUAACUAAUCUAUUUUGACGGGUUGUGCACCAUGAAGCUAUAUUGGUAAAAGUUUUUUGUAAUUACGGAUUUGCUGGGAAAACCCCACAUUUGCCGAGUUCUGGAUAAUAUCUAUUACUGCUGAGCAAGAAGUUUUGUACUUUUGCCAUAGUUAUAGACUAAGUACUGUUAUCUUUGUAAUUGUUUAUUUUGUGGGAAAAUUUGUCUUAACCAUGUUAUUUCAGUUAAUAACUUUCCCUAAAAAUGAGGCAAUAUACAAAACUUAAUAAAACUUGUAUUAAUUACUUUGAUUGUAGUUCUGGUGUAACUUAAAAUAAAAUGUUUUAUGUUAAUGCAAUUCUCCCCUACCCAUUUUCUCUCCUUUCUAACAGACUUUUGGGUAGAAACUUGCCCCAAAACUUGCAAUAGUUUCUCCUAUUCAUAAAAAGGCAUUAUUUUGUGUUUCAAACAAAGUGAUUUUGAUUUUCA